AUGGCUGUCCGUCGAUCGCCGUCCUCUACCUGGACAGAGUCCAGAGGGAACGGACGAGGCUACGUCCCGGUGGCUACGGCUCUCAGCGAGUCCUCGUCCAUCCACAGCGACGCCCUCUACCAGCUGACCAGGGACGUGUCACGGGUGGGCCUGGAGCCGUUUACUGAGAGCAUUUUGGAAGUGGACGCUGAAAAAGAGGAGGCUUGGAAUGAGGAAGCUCAAAGUCUACUUAAGGUUGUCAGUUGUUCAUCAAGCCCCCAAGACAACGGCGAGGGCCUCCACUUCGCCGACGGCCGGCGGAAAGUCGACUAUGUCCUGGUUUUCCAUCAGCGCCGACACGCCUCCGUCCGCUCCCCCGCCAGCACAUCAGUCUCCCACGACCGACUCUCCAUCGUUUCCAACGGCAAUUUCCCGCCGUCGGGGGGCUCGGACGGCAAAGGAGGGGGAAGUAGCGGCGUCCUGCCGGGGGGCGAAGCCGUCAGUAUUGGCGAAGUGUUCAUGGAGCUGGACAGCGGCGGAGGCAAUGACGCGGCCGAGCCCGCCGACCAUGAGAUGCGGCUGAUCAGACAAGAGUUCGAAGCCAACCUGCUGGAGGCCGGAUUGGAGAUUGAACGAGACAGAGAGUUGAAGGCCCACAGUCUGAGCUUCACCCGCCUCCACGCGCCCUGGCCCGUUUUGUGCAGGGAGGCGGAAUUUCUGAAAAUUAAAGUCCCGACCAAGACGAGCUAUGAAAUUAAAGAGGAAAGCGCAUUCAGCAGCAGCGUGUGGAGGAAGCUGAAGCAGCCUUUCCAACCCAAAGUGCCCACUCAGGAUCAUGGACCCACCAAAUUUCUCACUCACUGCUUUUCCAGGGAUAAACUCCACCUGUACAACAUCACAUCAAAAGACACAUUUUUUGACAACGCCACAAGGGGCCGCAUCGUGUACGAGAUCUUGAGGAGGACUGUUUGCGCGCGGACCUGUCAAACUAUUGGUAUCACAACAUUGAUCGCAAAGGGUGUCUACGACGCUGCCUUCCCUCUUCACGAUGGAGAUUACAAUGCGACCGGACACCCCGAGGAGAGAAAUGACCGACAGGUUCUACAUGAAGAGUGGGCCAGAUACUCGGCCUUCUACAAGUACCAGCCUAUUGAUUUGGUCAGGAAGUACUUUGGAGAGAAGAUCGGUCUGUAUUUUGCCUGGCUUGGCGUUUACACUCAGUUGCUAGUGCCAGCGUCCAUCGUGGGAAUUAUUGUGUUUGGCUACGGGGUUGCAACAGUGGAUACCAAUAUACCCAGCCUAGAAAUGUGUGACGAGCGUCUUAAUUUCACAAUGUGUCCUCUCUGCGACGGAGCCUGCGACUUCUGGCGGCUAAGCACGGCCUGCGGCACGGCCAGAGCCUCGCACCUCUUCGACAACCCCGCCACUGUCUUCUUCGCCAUCUUCAUGUCGCUGUGGGCCGUGUUGUUCCUGGAGCACUGGAAGCGUCGCCAGAUCAGUUUGAGCUUCAGCUGGGAUUUAACUGGCAUCGAGGAUGACGAGGAACAUCCACGACCAAAAUAUGAAACCAUUCUUCUUCAGAAGAGGCAGCGGAAGCAGAAAAAGAAGAAAAAAAAGAAAAAGAAUCAGCCAGUGAAGCAAGAGGAUGGGACAGUGACAGGGAAGGACAGAUGGAGGAGAAACCUACUUUUAGCAAUGGCUGCAGGAACACCGGUUGCCAUUGAGAAGUUAACCUGGAAAGACCGCCUUCCUGGAUAUUGCAUUAAUGUUUCCUCCAUUUUGUUUAUGUUCGGAUUGACCUUUUCAGCCGUUUUCGGCGUCAUCAUCUACCGCAUUACAGUGUCUGCGUUAAUGGCAAUGAGCCCUGACCCGGAGACAAAGUCCAACGUGCGCGUGACAGUGACAGCUACGGCAGUCAUCAUCAAUCUGGUGGUUAUUCUCAUCCUGGAUGAAAUUUACGGCGCCGUGGCGGUUUGGCUGACCGAGUUAGAGAUUCCCAAAACGGAGACCAACUUUGAAGAGCGCCUUAUCCUCAAGGCCUUUUUGCUCAAAUUCAUGAACGCGUACGCGCCCAUUUUUUACGUGGCUUUUUUCAAGGGAAGGUUUGCAGGUCGACCGGGAAGUUACGUGUACGUCUUUAACGAUUAUCGAAUGGAAGAGUGUGCACCAGGUGGCUGCCUCAUUGAGUUGUGCAUCCAGCUCAGCAUCAUCAUGCUUGGGAAGCAACUCAUCCAGAACAACAUAUUUGAGAUCGGCAUCCCGAAGUUGAAGAAGCUGGUGCGUACGCUGAAGGAUAAAGGAGGCGCCGAGAAGGAGGAGGAAGAGGAGAGGCCUCCCCAGCAGUGGAACCUGGACUACGCCCUCGCUCCCUUUGAAGGCCUCACGCCGGAAUACAUGGAAAUGAUAAUCCAGUUUGGCUUCGUCUCGCUCUUCGUGGCCUCGUUCCCGCUAGCUCCCCUUUUCGCCUUGCUGAACAACGUAAUCGAGAUCCGACUGGACGCCAAGAAGUUUGUCACAGAGCUCCGACGGCCGGUCGCCGUCCGCGCCAAAGAUAUCGGGAUAUGGUACAACAUACUGAGUGGCAUGGGCAAAUUCUCAGUCAUCAUAAAUGCCUUUGUGAUAUCCUUCACGUCGGACUUCAUCCCCCGCCUGGUCUACCAAUACAUGUACAGCCAAUCGGGGACCAUGCACGGCUUCAUCGACCACACGCUCUCCUACUUCAACGUGUCCAACUUUAAACCCGGCACGGCGCCGCAGAACUCCCACCACGGCGACGUCACCGUGUGCAGGUAUAAAGACUACAGAGAACCCCCUUGGUCUCCAGAUGCGUAUCACUUCUCCAAACAGUACUGGUGCGUCCUGGCAGCGAGAUUGGCUUUCGUCAUCCUUUUCCAGAACUUGGUGAUGUUCCUAAGCUUAGUAGUGGCUUGGGUGAUUCCAGAUAUCCCCAAAACUAUCGUGGAGCAGCUGAAACGAGAAAAGAAACUGCUGGUCGACCUCUUCCUACGGGAGGAGAAGGACAAAUUUCAGCUCAUCCAGAGCCUCUUCGCCAAGGACGCCUCAGUACCACAAGGCGGGCACGUCAUCCCCCUUCCGGGGCGCUACAGCACCUUACCCCAGUGUGCGACGCAGGCGCCGGUCGGGGACGACGGAGGAGGGCCCAGGGCGAGGUGCAGGGCGGCCAGUUUCAAUUUGUACACUAGGAAGUUUCCGACGUCACCCAGAAAUGAAAAUUCCAGACACACAGCUGUGUGA